GAAAGUUUAAAGUUGAUUGUAGUCAAUUGGGAGAUCAAUUCGCCCGUGAGGUUCUUACCGUGCAGUCCUUCCACAUCGUCCGGCAAGAGCCAUGACUGGGUUUAGCGACAAGCCCAUAUUAAUCGAUGGGAAAGGCCACCUUCUUGGAAGGUUGGCUUCCGUCAUCGCAAAAGCAGCCCUUAAUGGAAAUAGGGUCGUCGUCGUGAGGGCAGAACAAAUCAACAUUUCUGGAAAUUUCUUCAGGAGUAAACUGAAGUACCUGUCCUUCUUGAGAAAAAGAUGUAACAUCAAUCCUGCAAGAGGCCCAUUCCACUUCCGUGCACCUAGCAAAAUUUUGUACAGGACAAUUAGAGGCAUGGUCCCGCACAAGAUUGAACGUGGGAAGGCAGCUUUGAGGAGGAUCAAGCUGUACGAAGGCUGUCCUUCUCCUUAUGACAAGAGGAAAAGGAUGGUCGUCCCAAGUGCCAUGAGGGUACUCUGUCUUAAACCUGGCAGAGCUUACUGCCAUCUCGGUCGCCUAUCACAUGAAGUUGGCUGGAAGUACAAGGAUGUCGUUAGAGCUCUUGAGACCAAGAGGAAAGUGAGAGCAGUUUUUGACAUCCGUAGGAGGAAGGGUCUUAAGGAAUUGACUAAAGCUGCAGGAAAGAAAGUAUCGAAAGCUACAGCUCCUUACACUGCUGUUGUCAACUCUUAUGGAUACCGAUAAUUUUUAUCAAUAAAUUUUUAUCUAACCAGCUAA